GGGACCCCAUUUCUGUGCUCAUCUGCCUCCUUAGGAAUAUAAAGAGCAAGCAGUGAGGCUCCGCCUCAGAGCACCCCAAACUUGACACCAUGAAGAUCCCAGUCCUUCCUGCCGCUGUGCUCCUCUCCCUCCUGGUGCUCCACUCUGCCCAGGGAGCCACCCUGGGUAGUCCUGAGGAAGAAGGCACCAUUGAUAACUAUGCGUCACGACCUGAGGCCUUUAACACUCCAUUCCUGAACAUCGACAAGUUGCGAUCUGCUUUCAAGACUGAUGAUUUCUUUAACUGGCAUGCCCUCUUUGAGUCUAUCAAAAGGAAACUUCCUUUUCUCAACUGGGAAGCCUUUCCUAAGCUGAAAGGACUGAGGAGCGUAACUCCUGAUGCCCAGUGACCAUGACCUCCACUGAAAGAGGGGGCUAGCGUGAGCUCUGAUUCUCAGCCUACCACAACUCUUUCCUGGCUCAAGAAGUCCAAUAAAACAUUUUCCAUCCACCA